AUGUGGAAUUUUCCUAUUCACAGCUGCAAGCUCAGAGAUCCUCUUCCAAUUGUUCACAAGUAUUAUCAGUCUGGAGACAUAAUCAUUGCUGCUAUCAUAUAUCAGGUCUUCUUUCUUUCCAAUGAGAUUACUUUUCAAAGUGUUCCUUCUUAUGAUGUACUUGAUCAGUACCUGUACCUGACUCAUAAUUACCAACACACUUUGGCUCUGGCAUUUGCUGUAAAAGAGAUCAAUGAACAUACUGGAAUUUUACCCAACAUUACCCUUGGUUUCCAAAUUGCAACUGACAAUCAUGAGGAAAUUACAACUUAUCAUUUAGCAAUGGAAUUUCUAUCUACAAAAGAUAAAUUUAUCCCCAACUACAAAUGUAAUGACCAGACCAACACAGUAGCUGUCAUUGGAGGACCCCGUUCUAAGACCUGUCUCAACAUGGCAACUAGUCUGUGCAACUACAAAUUUCCCCAGAUCACAUAUGGAUCAGCUCCAUUGAAGAAUGAUGAAAUAGCAGCAUUGUUUGUCAAAUGGAUGUUUCCAGUUGAGAUGCACCAGUAUAAUGGAAUACUACACUUACUGUUGCAUUUUGGAUGGACCUGGGUUGGGAAAGUUUGCUUUGUUGAGGAAGAUAAAGAGAGGUUCAUUCAGAAUAGUCUUUCCAUGUUUACAGAGAGAGGAAUCUGCUUUGACUUUAUAGAAAGUAUCCCUCAAAUGAUGUAUGGUAAUUUAGCUGCUGAAAUGGUGGAGGAGGCAGAUAAAUUAUACAAAGUCAUCAUGGGGAGUACAGUCAUUGCAGUGAUCUUGAAUGCUGAAAUUACAGGCCUGGUGGCUUUGAGACUAAUGAUCUAUGUUUUAGAUUCUGACAAUAUUCCAAACGAGAGAAGUACCAAAGUCUGGAUCAUGACAGCCCAGAUGGAAUUCACCUCCCUUCUUGUGCAAAGAGAAUUGCCCAUUGAUUUUCUCCAUGGUGCUCUUUCAUUUGCAAUUCAGUCAAAGGAGCUGACAGGGUUUCGAGAAUUUAUACAGAAGAGAAACCCAAACGCAGAAAAUGGAGAUGGCUUUAUUAGAGAUUUCUGGAAAGAUGCAUUUGAAUGCUCAUUCUCCAGUGAUAUUACUGAUAGGAACACUGACAGGACCUGCACUGGGGAAGAGAAGCUGGAGUCUCUUUCUCAAUCUAUAUUUGAAAUGAGCAUGACUAGCCACAGCUACAGCAUCUACAAUGCAGUCUAUGCUGUGGCACAUGCUCUAAGGCAAUUGUAUUCCUCCAAAUUCAAAGAUGGUCAAAGAGUUGAUGAGAGGAGACGGAAGCUCUUUCUUCAGUCACUAUGGCAGACAUUACCUCUUUCCAUCUGUAAUGAGAAAUGUCCCCUUGGCCAUAGCAAAAUAAAACUGGAAGGGAAAUUAUCUUGUUGCUAUGACUGUAAACGGUGUCCAGAAGGGAAGACAGCUGACCAAAGGGACUUAGAUGAUUGUUUGGCAUGUCCGGAAGAUCAAUAUCCAAACAAAGAUCAGGACAGUUGCCUUCAAAAAAUUGUAAUUUAUUUGUCCUAUCAAGAGCCUAUGGGCAGUUCUUUGGUAAUUAUUGCAGUCUUCUUUUCUGUGGUGGCAGCUUUGGUAUUGGGGAUCUUCAUUAAAAACCAGGACACUCCCAUUGUCAAAGCCAACAACAGAAACCUCACCUACAUUCUUCUCAUUGCUCUCAUCCUCUCCUUCCUUUGCACUUUGCUCUUCAUUGGGCAACCUGACCAAGUGAAAUGUCCCAUGAGACAAACAGCUUUUGGCCUCAUCUUCUCUAUAGCUCUUUCUUGUAUAUUGGGGAAAACUACCAUUGUUGUUCUUGCUUUCAUGGCCACCAAGCCAGCCUCCAAAAUGAGGAAAUGGGUGGGGAAAGGACUGGCUAUCUCUAUUGUGUUAUCUUGCUCUCUGACACAAUUCUCCAUUUGUGUAGUGUGGUUGGCAACUUUCCCCCCAUUUCCGGAUUCAGACAUGCACUCAAUGGCUGAAGAAAUUGUCCUGCAAUGUAAUGAAGGUUCAACCAUUAAUUUUUAUACUGUCCUCAGCUUUAUGGGAUUUUUGACUGCUGUCAGCUUUACGGUGGCCUUCCUAGCUAGGAAUUUACCUGACAGCUUCAAUGAAGCCAAAUUUAUUACCUUCAGCAUGUUGGUUUUUUGCAGUGUCUGGAUAUUAUUUGUUCCUACCUAUCUGAGCACCAAGGGGAAAUAUAUGGUGGCAGUGGAGAUCUUCUCCAUUUUGGCUUCAGCAGCUGGAUUACUGGUCUGCAUCUUUUCCCCAAAAUGCUAUAUCAUUAUUCUGAGGCCUGAUUUGAAUACAAAGGAGCAACUAGCAAGGAAAUAA